GACAUUUCAUUUCAUCAAAUUUGUAAUUUUCCUGAAUAAUAUUGAUAAUAAAAUAUAAUAUUAUGUCAUAAUUUUUUUCAAUUAUUAUUGAUAUGGGUCGUAGGUACUACUGUGAUUAUUGUGACAAAAGUUUCAUUGAUGAAUUAGAAGCAAGAAGAAAGCAUUUACAAAGCUCCCAUCACAUAAAAUUGAGGCAUAUGCACUAUGAAUCUUGUAGAGAGCCAGAGACUGUGUUGAAAGAGGAGCUGUUGAAAAUACCAUGUAGAAGAUUCUUCCAUUAUGAAGGAGGCUGCCCUUUUGAGGGGAUUUGUAGAUAUACUCAUUAUGCCCCAGAACAACUUUGUGAAAUAAGACAACAAGUUGAAUAUGCACAACAACUGAAAAGAAAAAAGUUGGAUGAAAUGCCUGAGGUGCCUUCUGUUGGUUCCUGGAUACAGAAAUACAAUGAGACCAGCAACAAAGAAGAUAGUAACAGGGUGCAUACAACAUGGACUUACCCUGAAAAUUUAGAAAAUAGGAUAGACCUGCCCCCUUCUAUGGUGAAGUUCAAACCAGAGCAUUUUUAUGAUGAUAAUUUUGAGGAGUGGGGUAAUUGAAAUGUCUGAAGCUUGUUAAUGAAUUAUAUUUUUGCAAUAGGUAUUUAUAGCAAGAUUCAUAACUACCUCCACAAUUAAAUCCAUUAAAGUGAAUC